AUGUACUGCUUUACCCACCGCUUUACGCGGGAAAGUAUUCAUAGGGAAGAUUAUGCGAGCGUUGGAAGGAAAUUCUCAUCUGCCACUAUCUCCGACUGGUAUAGCUACUGCAGGGAAGCAGUAGUUAUAUUUCAGUUAGACCACCAAGAAUUCAAAGGGAAAAUUGGUGGUCCAGGUAAGAUAGUGCAGAUUGAUGAAAGUAAAUUCGGGAAACGGAAAUACAACAGAGGAAGACGCGUAGAGGGGCAUUGGGUGCUCAGGAUGAUAGAGGAUGGCAGCGAGGACCUCAGACUGGAGGUAUGCCCUGAUAAUGUACGUUCCGCUGAGGUCCUCAUUCCUCUCAUACGUAAACAUGUGCAGGAAGGAACAACAAUAAGGACCGAUUUUUGGCGUGCGUAUGAAUGCCUCCCUGAUUAUGGUUACACCCACGAAAAAGUUAACCAUAGCGACCCUGGCAAUCCGUUUAUCGCCGAGGAUGGCACACACAAAAGGAGGCUGCCCUAG